UAGCCAAGCAACGGCCGCCAUAUUUGUUACGGAAGAAAGCCUCUCGUUUUUGUUGCUCGUAUACAAAGUUCUCCUGGAAUUUUGUCCAGAUUGUCUCAAUUUUUCAGUUCUUUCGGUGAACAUCUCUACCGCCAAGAUGACUGUGAGUCUAGAGGAAUACUUCAGGACAACUUUUGAGGACAAGCUCCUCGUAAAAAUGCCAGAGAGGGAGGACGACCACCUGACUCCCGCGACCCGGCUGCUGGAGAAACGGCGGGAGAUGCAAGAAGUCGAGCAGGCACUCGCUGCUCAGAAAGAGGAGUUUCAGAUGAAGAUGGAGAGCCUGCAGCAGAGGCGGGAGGAACUGGAGCGGAAAGAGUACCAACUCAAAGAGUCACUUCUCAAAUUUGAUAAAUUCUUAAAGGAAAAUGAUGCAAAAAGAGCUCGAGCAGUCAAAAAAGCAGAGGAGGAGAAAAAAUUAAGUAAACAGAAAGAUUCAGAAAUAUCAAAGUUAGCGGAAGACGUGGGAGAGCUGAGUAAGGGUCGUGACCAGGUCCAGUCCCGGCUGGAGAAACACGUCAUCUACCACCGCUACCUGGAGCGCGUGCUGGAGCAGGCAGAGGAGUUCCACGAGAUACGCGAGGUCAUUGACCGGCACGGAACCCUGGUCACCACUCACGUGGACUUACUUGAGCGUGAACAGAAGAACCAGGAUGCGAUGGAGAGGGAGAAGGCGAGGCUGGCCAAGUUUCUGGAGGAGAAGAACAAUGAGAUCAUGUCCUACAACAAUGAGCUGGCCAACCUUCAGACACAGCUGGACAAUGCACAGGCCUCAGCUGUCAAAUGGGAGGCCAUUUGGACUCACAUCAAGAACACAGCUGCAAAGAAGACACUUCUGUUGGGCAGAAUCAAGAUGGCAACACAUAACCUGUUCCAGUUGGUGAACAAGCAUUUGAAACAGGCUGUGGAGAUGGAGAACACACAUGAACAGCUGAGCAAGAUCCAGACAUUCAUCUUGGAUCUAACUCAGAUCACCCAGGAGAUCAAACGUGCGGAGACUGCUGCAGGGACAACGUCAAUUUUUGGGGGUUCAUCCUCAUAGAAAAUCCAUCUGUUCAAAGGAUGUUCUUUUGUACACUCCAAAACAUCAUUCAAACUGCGGUUGCUAAGGACACUCUGAACCUUCACUUUUCUCCCCAGCCUCUACCAGCUGCCUACCCCCUCCUUAACCAGCUUGUCUCCAUCCCGACUAGCCCAGGCUUGGCUCUCAACUCCGCAUGCUUGAUAAUCUAGCUUUCCUAGGUGUAUUCUGUCCUCUUACCUUUUACCUGUAGUUACCUGUAGCUUUUACCUGCACAGUACUUUUUCCCUGCAUGACUUUUCACUUUUUCUCUACAUUGCUUUAUCCUUCU